AAGGGAACAGUUCAAUGGCUUCUUAGAAGUUUUGGUUUAGGAACAGAAAGAGAUCUUCCAAUGCUUUCACAAUUUAGAAUGGUUGAAAGUUCAUUGAAUAGAGAAUAUGAUGUAGAAAUAACAAAUGUUACAGAAUGGAUUAAUGAAUUUUAUGAAUGUCAAGUUACAUCAUCAAAAACUUAUAAUAAUUUUGAAAAAAAUAAACCACCUUAUUUAGAAGUUACAAUAGAUGGUGAUAAUGAUACUUUAAAACAAAGUGAUGAAAAUAGGCUUAUAUGUAAUGUUAAUUCAAAACCAGAACAUAGUGGUAAAUAUACAUUAUAUCAUAAUAAUGAACUUCUUAAAAAAGCAACAAAAAAAGUUUUAUAUAUUGAAUAUCUUAUACCAGAUGAUUAUAAUUCACGUUUUACAUGUCAUAUAAAAAAUGCAUUAGGAUCUAGUUCUAAUACAAUAUUAUAA